ACGUCGUUCCCGCCCUUCAUCCUUGAAGCUCUCGUCUCCCAAGCACUGCAGCUCCGCGCUGGCUCUGUUUAAUUCAAAGAAAAUGCUCUACUGUUUGAGGAGCAUUCCCCCGUCUUUGGGAGUUCUCUCCGUCCGCAAAAGCUCAUGGUGGGGUGGAGUGCAAAUGGGACCCCCUGAUCCAAUUCUGGGGGUGACAGAGGCCUUCAAAAGGGACUCCAACCCCAAAAAAAUGAACCUGGGCGUUGGAGCCUACAGGGAUGACCAGGGCAAGCCCUUUGUUCUCAGCUGUGUCCGAAAGGCAGAGGCCAUGAUUGCAGCCAAACAGCUGGAUAAAGAGUACCUUCCCAUUGGUGGUCUGGGGGAAUUUAACAAAGCCUGUUCCCAGCUUGCUCUUGGUCCUGAGAAUGAGGUCUUGAAGAGCAGCAGAAGUGUCACUGUCCAGACCAUCUCUGGAACUGGAUCUCUGCGUGUUGGAGCCAACUUUUUGUCUAAAUUCCAUGGAGGUCCACGUGAUGUCUACCUGCCUAUGCCAUCCUGGGGUAACCAUACCCCCAUCUUCAGAGAUGCGGGCAUGCAGCUCAAAGCUUACCGUUACUACGACCCCUCUACCUGUGGAUUUGACUACAAUGGAGCUCUCGACGACAUCUCUAAAAUCCCAGAGCAGAGUGUGAUCUUAUUACAUGCUUGUGCCCACAACCCCACUGGUGUGGACCCCAGGCCUGAGCAGUGGAAGGAGAUUGCUAACAUUGCAAAAAAAAGGAACCUCCUUGUCUUCUUUGACAUGGCUUAUCAGGGCUUUGCCAGUGGAGACAUUGAUCGUGAUGCCUGGGCUGUGCGCUACUUCAUUGAACAGGGCCACAACAUCCUUCUCUCCCAGUCUUUUGCAAAGAACAUGGGUCUUUAUGGUGAGCGUGUGGGAGGACUCACUGUUGUAUGUAAUAAUGCAGACGAGGCAAAACGUGUGGAGUCUCAGUUGAAGAUCCUCAUCAGGCCCAUGUAUUCCAACCCUCCAAUGAAUGGUGCCAGAAUUGCAGCAACUAUUCUUAACACACCAGACCUGCGCAUGCUGUGGCUGGAGGAGGUCAGCGGCAUGGCCAACCGGAUCAUUAAGAUGAGGGAGCAGCUGGCGGCCGGUCUGAAAAAGGAGGGUUCCACCCACAACUGGCAACAUGUCAUUGACCAAAUAGGGAUGUUCUGUUUCACGGGCCUCAAGCCAGAGCAGGUGGAGCACCUGACAAAAGAGUUUUCUGUGUAUAUGACAAAGGAUGGCAGAAUUUCCAUGGCGGGCGUGUCAUCUGGAAAUGUGGGAUACCUGGCACAUGCUAUUCAUGCAGUCUCAAAGUAGACUGGAUCCUUUUUGGAAGACUGACAGAUUCAAAGUAGAGAUGUUGAAGAAUUGACACCUCAUACUGUGUCAGUCCAUCGGUCCGUCCGUCCGACGGACAGAUAGACUAACUAUAUUGACUUAAAAUUGGCUGUUGCUGGAUUUAAUGUCAGCUUUGAUGGCAUCUAUUCCCAAGAAGACAUACAGUUUAUUCCUGGGGGUGGAGAUGAUCAUGCCCCCAUGCCAAGUUUAAAAGAAAAAAAAAAAGUUUUGUCUGAUAGGCUCAUCUUAAUUUAUGUGGAUUAAAGUGUUGCUGGCUGUGCGUUUGUAUUUUUUAAUGAAGGUUCACAGAUUAUCUGCUGUCAACUUGAUUACUAUGAAACAUUAAAAGAACCAACAUUGAGUUAAUGUUAAUCCCAAGCAGUGGUUUUAACUGUGAGUUAAGAGCUGUUCUGUAAAAGCCUAAUGGAAAAAGAAUGUUUUGUGUUCUUGGAGCACUUUAUAAGCAGUGAGAGACUACUGUUUCAAGAUGAGGCUGCAGUGUUUCAUCGUUGGGCUUGAUCGCAUUAGCAGACAAUUAUUUUCAGGCACUGUUACCAUCAGGCUAACUUGUUGUGGUAAUCACUCAUUGAAGGUCUACGUUUUGAUGACAUGAUUCUAUGUAUGAAUCUACUCAUUAUGAUUGUAACGUUUUAAAGGCAUUUGAUGUAGGGAUGAAUCCCUUUGAUUCACAUUUCUUAAAACUUGGCACUUACCCUCAGUGUUUUGCAUUCUGUCAUACAACAGUGGAUCUCGUCAUGUACUUUACUAUACAAACAAUAAACCAUUAAAGUUUAA